AUUAGAAAUUUCCUUGCCAAACAUUUUAUUCUUGUUUACAAUACGUAAGGGGCACAAAAUACAUCAUGGAAAAGGUUUGCCGCGUGUGCCGAGACGACGGCGUUAAUCUAGUCGACAUCUUCGCCGACCAAUUGGAUUCGACGGACGAACCCAGUUUGGCGGAGAUGCUGAGCGAGUGCACGAACUGUGAAGUAACCCAAAAUGAUGCACUACCUCAACAAAUGUGCGAGUCCUGCGUUCUCUCUGCUCAAGGCUUCUUCAAAUUCAAACGCACUUGCGAGGAGAGUCAUCAGUAUUUCAUGCAGCAGCUAGACGCCAGGGAUAUGCUUGAAACCGACGAUUGGCCACUUUCCGAGUGGGCCAAAAAUAUGAUGUCUGUUAAGAAAGAAGAAGAGCAAUGCGCAGAGAAUCUUGAUUCAAAAAUAGACAUAUGCGAAUACACAGAAACGCGAUCAGAUGAUUGGCAAUCCAAUGCCAACCCCAUUUGCCUGUUUGAAACCAAAUUCAUCGAUUGCGACAUGAAGUGCGAUGUGAGCUGCAAAAGCUCCUUUAGUGAGGAAUUAAUUAUACCCUGUUCCGAUUCCAAUACUGAUAAGAAAGCCCACUUUUGUGCAACGUGUGGCAAGGAAUUUCCAACCAAAAGGAAACUCAGCCUGCACGAGAGCUUCCAUGCACGCCAACGGAAGCACGAAUGCCAGCUGUGCCCGAAGAAGUUUGUCAAUCCGGGCAAUCUUGAGGAUCAUAUACGCGCACACACAGGCGAACGCCCCUACAAGUGUCCCCACUGCGUCAAGGCAUUUACCCAGCGUGGACGGCUCAACGAGCACAUACGCAUCCACACCGGCGAACGUCCGUUCAAGUGCUUGGAAUGCCCGAAGACCUUCGCCAAUGCAGGAAAUCUCACGGUGCACAAACGGAUUCACUCGGGCAAUCGGCAGUACAAGUGCAACCAGUGCCAGGCGUCCUAUGUCCAGCCUGCGGCGCUCCAAAGACACCUGCGCGUCCAUCUGAAUGACGAACGUCCAUUCAAGUGUGACAUCUGCCUCAUGCCCUUUCCCAAGAGCUCGUAUCUCAAGAGACACAUGAGGAGCCACACAGACACGAAACAUCUUCUAGAAGAUGAAAAUAACUUAAACCCCUUGAAAAAUGUGUAAAACCCUUUUGGGACACAUGAUAGCAGAACUGAGAUUUCGCUUUAUC